GCCGUACGGACGCUGCAGCGAUUGUUACAGUGUAUUGUAUCCUGCAACAUGUCAGGAAAACUCAGCUCUGAUUCCACUGUGGGUGAAACAGCCUCUUAGUGGUACUGACACACCAGCGCACAGAGGACCGUGUGGAGAUUGUGGGUCUGAGCGAGGUUGGAUUGGGCUCAGGAGGAAGUUCCCCAUUGCUGAGCAGCUACUGACACCAUAAUGGCAGAGACGGGGCUGAAGAUACAAGAAGCCCUGGUGACGGCUCUGAGGAAACUGAAUAAGAAGAAAUUCAAGAGAUUUAAAAAGACUCUGAGUGGCUGGAAAGUAUCUGAACCAUAUAUCAAUAUUACACAGGACCAGCUGGAGGGCGGAAGUCCCAGUCGUGUCGCUGAGCUUAUCAGGAGAUACUACGAGGAUUCCUAUGGGACGGAGGUGACCCUGGCUGUGCUGGAAGCUAUACAUGGGGGGAAAGUCCGAGAGGAACUCCAACACGACCUGCAGAGAGUGCUCAGCCUCCGGACACCAGCCACCAGUGUGAGCGAAGCCAUUGGGCAUCAAUAUAGACGCUUUAAAGCCAAUUUUAUGGACAAUUGCAGAUCAGACCUUAUAAGGAGGAUAAUGGUGGUAGAUCCAGUGCUACGUGAUCUUCUGGAACAGGGGCGGCUGACACAGGAACAGUACAAAGACCUGAGUGGGAAACCAUCAUCCCUGGAGAAGAUGAGGGGACUCUGUGAUAUCAGCAGGCGCUGGGAUGAUGAGGGGAAGUUUGCGGCUUACAUUACCCUGAGAAAGCACAACUCCGCGAUCAUCCGGGACAUAGAAACUAGUGCCUGGAGGCAGCAUUACACACCAGAGUAUUACAUCAGGAAACACUACAUAGAGGAGCACCGUCUGAAUCUGGUUAAGAAAAUAACCAAGGUGGAGCCCGUCCUAGAUGAUCUCCUGGACCUGAAGCUGCUGACACAGGAACAGUAUGAGCAUGUGAGGAGAUAUAUACGUUCCCGUGACAGGAUGAGAGAGCUCUGUGACAUUACUGUAUACUGGAAUGACGAAGACAAAGACCUGUUCUACCUGACCCUGAGGAAACACAACUACUCGGAUAUCAGACGUAUAGAGAGGGGACAGGAUGAUCACUUUGUGGACAGAUACCGGGGAGCUCUGAUAAGAAGUAUAACUGUGAUAUAUCCAGUCCUAGAUGAUCUACUGGGACAGAAGCUCCUGACGCAGGAACAGUACAAUGGUUUCAUCAACAAGAGAACAUCUGAGAACAAGAUGAGAUACCUCUAUAAAUAUAUUGUAAGGAUUUGGAAUUAUACGGAGAAGGAUACGCUCUACAUGACUCUGAGGAAACACAACUACACCAUUGUCCGAGAGCUGGAGAGAGGCAUGAAGCUGGUCAACCAGCACAACCGAUUCUUCUAUUAUAGGAACUUUCUGUGGAAACACCAACCAGCUCUGAUAAGAAGGAUAAUGAUGGUAGAUCCGGUCCUAGAUGACCUGCUGGACCAGAAGCUGCUGACACAGGAGCAGUACAAUGAUUUGUGUAAUAAGCCAACAUCUGAGGACAAGAUGAGAGACCUGUGUGACACAGUGCGCUUCUGGGGUUACCAUGCCAAUGAGAAAGUAUAUACAGCUCUGAGUAGAUACAACCCCUGGGUCAUUAAAGGCUUGGAAUUAGAGGAUUGGUAUGACUCCAGAACGCUCAGUCAUUCCUCCUCCGCACGUGAUCAUCACUUUGUGGACAGACACCGAUCAGAUAUAAUAAGACGGAUAAUCCUGAUAGAUCCCGUUCUGGAUGAUCUUCGGGAAAAGCGGCUUCUAACAAAAGAACAAUAUGAUGACUUAUGCAAAUAUACAACGUAUGAGGACAAGACGAGAGCCCUCUGUGAUAUUGUCAAGAACUGGGGAUACACUGACAAAGACACGUUCUAUGUGACCCUGAAGAUUUACAAUGACUCAGUCAUCAUGGAUAUGGAACUAGAGGGCAAGACUGUGAGAUCCCGGAACCCCUAUUACAGUGAUCACUUUGUGGACAGAUACCGGGGAGCUCUGAUAAGAAGUAUAACUGUGAUAGAUCCAGUCCUAGAUGAUCUACUGGAACAGAAACUCCUGACACAGGAACAGUACUAUGAUUUGAUCAACAAGAGAACAUCUGAGGACAAGAUGAGAGACCUCUAUGGAAUGAUAAGGUUCUGGAAUCACACUGACAAAGACGUGCUCUACCUGUCCCUGAGGACCCACAACUACACCAUCAUCAGAGAUCUGGAGGGAGAUCAGCGCCGCCUGCCCUAUUCUAGUGAUCACUUUGUGGACAGACACUGGGCAGCUCUGACACAAAGGAUAACUGUGAUAUAUCCAGUCCUAGAUGAUCUACUGGAUCAGGAACUCCUGACACAGGAACAGUACUAUGAUUUGAUCAACAAGAGAACAUCUGAGGACAAGAUGAGAGACCUCUAUGGAAUGAUAAGGUUUUGGAAUCACACUGACAAAGACGUGCUCUACCUGUCCCUGAGGACCCACAACUACAACAUCGUCAGAGAUCUGGAGGGAGAUCAGCGCCGUCUGCCCUAUUCUAGUGAUCACUUUGUGGACAGACACUGGGCAGCUCUGACACAAAGGAUAACUGUGAUAUAUCCAGUCCUAGAUGAUCUACUGGAUCAGGAACUCCUGACACAGGAACAGUACUAUGAUUUGAUCAACAAGAGAACAUCUGAGGACAAGAUGAGAGACCUCUAUGGAAUGAUAAGGUUCUGGAAUCACACUGACAAAGACGUGCUCUACCUGUCCCUGAGGACCCACAACUACACCAUCGUCAGAGAUCUGGAGGGAGAUCAGCGCCGUCUGCCCUAUUCUAAUGACUUUCUUUGGAAACAAGAUUCAGCUCUGAUAAGAAGAAUAAUGAUGGUAGAUCCGGUCCUAGAUGAUCUGCUGGACCAGGAGCUGCUGACACAGGAGCAGUACAAUGAUUUGUGUAACAAACCAACAUCUGAGGACAAGAUGAGAGACCUGUGUCAUACAGUGCGCUCCUGGGGUGACCAUGGCAAGAAGGAAGUGGCAAUAGCUCUGAGAAAACACAACCGCUAUGUAAUGGAAGACAUGGAUUUAGAGUAUCAACUGAUGCCAGUCUUUCAGGGCAUGCUCUGUUCCAGGCCAAUCUUCCAUAGCGCUGCCUCCUUAGGGAAAUUGAAGGACGAUACCUUACAAACUGCUACCACUCAAAGCUGGGAAACACAGAACAUUACAGAUGAUUCCAGUGCAACCACCGAACCCUCUGUCUUAGGGAAAUUAAUGGACAAUUUUUUUUCUUUUAUGACUGGAAAUUGGGAAACACGGAACAUACCAGAAGCACAGUCUCUAUCAUAUUAUGAACCGCGGGAGAGUCCUAUUACAGCACAAACUCAAUCAUCUGACAAACCGUGGGGGAGUUCUUUUACAGGUCCCAUUUUAACCCUCAAAGGCUCUGUUGUCUCCUCAAAGGACUUUACUUUCCCAUCUGGAACCACUGGAAGUUGGAAAACACAGAACAUCCCAGAAGUAGAGUCUGAUGAGGAAUCAUUGUGCAGUCAUAUUACAGUAUUGCCUGAUUUGGAAUCAUUGUCCAGUCCUAUUACAGUACCUCAACUGCAAAUUGAAGCAGAAGAGGAUGAUGAGUUUACAUGGCCUAGCAGAUCUCCACAACUAAGAACAUAUCCACAAAGUCUUGUAACGAAAACAGCUGGUGAGCAACUGACAGCGGAACCGAGCUCCUCUGAUAUCAAAGAUCCACUCAUGGAAAAAUCAGAAAAAAUGAUUUCUUCUACAGCAUCUUGUGUUCGGGCAGAGAGACAACAGAUGGAAUGCAAGCUCUGUGGGAAGGCCCAGUACUCUAAUGAUGUAGUUAUUCCAAUUUUAAAUGGGAGCACUUACAGGCUAAAGCUCAAAUGUGAAGGCCUCUUCCGCUGCCAAAAGACUGGAAUUCAAUUCCUGGUGAAACAUCCGGUGACUAUCCAAUAUAACCUGGAAUCCUGGCAUGAUCACUUGACCGGAAUUCAGGGUGAUAGAUUUGAGGUUGUGGGUCCUCUAUUCAACAUAAAAACAGAUGACCCUUAUGCGGUGUCAGCAGUGUACCUACCUCAUUAUUUGUGUAUAGCAGGUUUUACUGGGGAUAAAUCACAGAUUAAAUGCGCUCACUUUAAAGAUGGGAACAUGACCUUGGAACCGCCAACGCAGAUCAAACCUUUCUACAUCAUCUUGGAAAACCCCAGCUUCUCCUGUUUAGGUCCUCUGUUGUCACUUGUGAAAAAAAAAGUCCCAAUCCAUGGAGGCGUGCUGAUCUACUUCCGGGUGGUGUGUCAGGACGAGCCGGAAUAUCAGGAGUACAAAAUUCAUCUCUAUUUACUGCCGUAUCCCACGCACACAGAAGAGGCUCUGGAUAAAAAGAAUGUAACAUUUGGACUUCAAAGAAUUAACAAACCUCCUCACACCUGUGACACUGUAUAUACUAGGAUAAAGUACCUUGUACGAGUACAGCCAGGAGCAUCUAUAAUCCCAAAGAAGUUGAAGUUUCAGUCAGAGCCAUAUCAGUACACGGAGAUUAACCUGAAAGCAAAUGAUACAAACAUUUAUCUAAAUGUAUCAGAAGAGGAAAGUGAACCAGCCAUAUGGGAGGCGCAGUUGACGAAAGGAGAUAUACGAGACUGGACACGGCAGAUGGCUCAGCCUCCACACCAGAGAGGUAAAUCUCUAUAUAAGGGAUCCUUUGUGGAUAAACAUCGAGAAGUUCUCAUCCGUGAGGUGCACCUGGUGGAGCCAGUCCUAGAUGGUCUCAAAAGUGCACAGCUUCUGACAGAUGAGCAAUAUGACGUUGUGCGCAGCAGAACGACCUCCCAGCAGAAGAUGAGAGCUCUCUAUGACUCUAUCAGGUCUUGGGGUGACGGUGACAAGAGCAAGUUAUACAACAUUCUGAAGGACAACAAUGGGCCUCUAAUCAGGAAACUCAAACAAGCAGCCGUUCCACUGAAACCAUCUUGAACUAUUAUACUUAGGCGCUAGUUGAAUAUUGGUUUGUGGGUUUGAUUGGAAACAACUGGUAUUCAGGAUUUUUCCAGGUUAUUUUUAAAGUUGUAUUCGACAUCCGUCUAUACUGAGUGA